GCUCUACCGGACAAAAUCACAGGUUCCCCUCCUCCUUCUUCUACUCUCCUCUCUUCAUUCUCCUUCCUCCGCCGCCCGCGAGUUCUGCGGGGAAAAAAAAGCUGUCCCUCGAAAAUGGCUGCGCUCAUCAAGGCGGUGAACGCCAAGAUCCGGUCCAACCCGGUGUCCGACUACUUUUGCUCCACGCACUUCUGGGGCCCAGCUUCCAACUUUGGAAUUCCUAUCGCGGCCGUACUGGACACACAAAAGAGCCCUGACCUGAUCUCGGGGCCGAUGACCGGCGCGCUCGUGGUCUAUGCUUUCACCUUCAUGCGAUACUCCCUUGCCGUCACGCCGCGGAACUACCUGCUCUUUGCCUGCCACUUCACCAACGCCGGUGCACAGCUCACACAGAGUUACCGGUACCUGAACUACCACUACGGCUUUGGCAACAAGAAGGCGGAGGCGUGAAAUGGACAGGCUUUGAUAGAAUAGAAGAAGAAGAAGAAGAAGAAGAAGAAGAAGUAGCAGGAUUAGAGUAUACAGGAAUGCGGAUCGCGUUGGGCGUGAUAGAAGCGGUUCGGGAGCAUGGUAUCUCCCUCUGUCCUCUGUGACCUCCAUAGAGAAAGAAAGAAAAGAUAGAAGGGGGCCAUGUUCAUUUAGAAUAGAGAGGGACCAGGAUCCCCAUCUACAUAUAAGAACCAAGACGGCUUCGCUGCCACUUUCACU